GUGUGUGUGUGUGUGUGAAUCGCUUAUAGCUGCUUUAACAGCAGCAGAUACUCUUCUUCUCCUCCCCGCUAACGUCACCCGCGCAGCCGUGGCGUCCCUCUGGAGCCAACAACAUGGAGUCCGACCGACUGCACCGCUAAAUCUCACCGCCUGAGCUUUCACUGAUCUUGCAGAAACGCGGAACGCGGUAUAUUCCUGCAGUAAAGCGGCGUGCGGCGUGUUCAUACUUCAGCCCCGACACGACAUGGACAGAGCGGCGUGCAGCGUCCACAGAGCGCCGCGGCGCGCAGGCCGUUACGAGGAGGACACCAUGUAGGUGAGUUCUGCAGAUUACAUGGUGCACCACCGGAUCAUGGAACCUAACAUAGGUCCUCUUCCAAAUAUGGACCCCCAUGAUCCGUCAUCCAUCCGGGAGCUGUCGGAAUCUCCCUCUCUACUCAGCGACAGCUUGAUGGCAGGAUUGUCCCAAGGUGGUGACCUGGAGAGAGAAGAUGAUGAUGUAAACCUCCACAAAAGUGCAGGGAACAGCGAUAGAAAAAACAGACCCUCUGCUUUCUCCUCAUCUCUAACCUGGGACUCAGACUCUGAGAAAGAAACAUUUGACGAAGAGGAACUACAGCACUUUUCUAAUCCUCAUGGCCUUGCUGCUCACAGUCCAGGAAGCCCCACCUGUGAACAGGAGCAUGACAAACUUGACUGUGGAGUUUACCGAACACCUGAAAAACCCAAGAAAAUAGUGUUAGACAAAAACUUGUCUAGUUCUUUGGACGCACAAGCUCAAGACAGAGAUGCAUGCAGAGAUCCAGGGAUGGUACAGUCCAGCACUCAACAAUGUGUAGAAAACGAUAAAGUUGGAUGCGUUUCGGAUCAAGUUGGGCCACUUUUCUCAGACACAAAACCAAAAGAGGAUGAGGAGAAAGAGUUUGAGCAGAAGAUUAAGGAAAUAAAGAGGGUUCCCGAACGAGAUGUAUAUUCCUUCCCAGGGGAUUCAGAUCCUGAGAGUCCACCACCAGGUCCCUGGGCACAAUGCACCUUUAUCCAGCGUAGGAGAAAGAAGAGAGCCUUAUUGAGACCUUUUUCUGGACUAAAUCCCUGGCAGUGCACACUGGGUACAGGCAGGAAGACCAGAGUAAACCCCUCCAGGGUAAAGGAGUGCGGUAAAUUUGUGAAUGAUAAGGAAGGGGUGUUUGAGUUUAAGGAAGAAGAAGAAGAGAAGGUUCAAGACAAGAAACAGUCACAAGAAGUCAAAGGAGAACUUUGCCAGGAGAUUUUCACUUGUGUCGAAUGUAGCAUAUACUUUAAAAAGGCAGCACAUUUGAGGGAACACAUGCGAGAACAUGGUCAAGAUAGUGGGGGAAAGGGACAGCUUGGAGAAGAUCAAGCAAGAAGAAGGCGAGCCAAGAAGAGCGGUUUUGAGUGUAUGGAAUGUGGACAGAAUUUCUCUGAUAGGCUGGUGCUGUUGGACCAUCACAGACAGCAUCAGGAGUCACGGCACAAAAUCUUGGAAGAGAUGGGAAAGCUUAAGGAGGGAGGGAAGAGAGCAAGUCGCAGAAAUUCCAGGAAGAUGGACUCUAAAGAGUCCAUUUCUGGCCAGUUUGUUUGUCUCAAGUGCAACUAUAGCUCUGACGUGCCUCAAGAGCUUGCAGAUCAUGCCAAGACCCAUACAACUCGAGCCAGGGCUAGUAAGCCCCGUGUCUCACCACGCUUCCAGCAAAAAUCCUGCCGAAAAGGAUGGAAACGGUAUUCUGCUAAUGCCAGAUCAGCCACAGUAGUUUGUGAUAGGUACCCCACCAGGGCUUCUGUGCAAAUGGGGGGAGGUAAGCCAGAAGUUCACCGUUUGCAGGCCAAGGACUGUGACACACAGAUUGAAAAUAAGACAGAUCUCUCUCCAGGACCUAGCCAGAAUCACACAGUAUCUGCAGAUCCAGCAGAACCCACAGACAAGCCAGAAUUAGAAAGUACUCAGACUGAAGCUGCUCCCAUUGCAAGUCCAAGCCUACAGGAGGAGUCUGGGUCUGCUGAGGUUGGGCUUGGAGAAAAGAAAGUCUCAGAGCUCCAAUGUCCUGAGCCUUUACUUACAAACACCAAGGCUGAAACACAGAAAAAGGAUGUUGUAUUUAAAAGCACAGGAAAUCGACGCUCAAAACGAGUUGGGAGGCGUGUAAUAGGACGAAGGCGUGCAAGUAGAAGACUGGAUCCCCAGUCUACUGAUACUAGUGAUACAAAUAUCAAUAUGCAAAACACUGAGGAGACCACAGAGCUGAGCAAAAAAGCUUCUGUACUACCAGAUACAGAGGGGCAUAUAUUGCUGACUAACAAAACAGAUGAGGAAACAUCUGCUCCUGCUAUAGACCACGAUUUACCUCAUCCAACGAAAGCCCCAGAGGACUCCAAAGAAGAGACGAAUGAAGAGACCCCACCUGACCGUGAAAAGGAUCAAUGUAGCAGAAACACCACUGAUGAAAAAGAUAAUGAAGAUGCUGCUGCUGCUGCUGAUGAUGAUGAUGAUGACGCUGUUGAUGAUAAUCGUAAAGAUGUUGAUGACCAUGAAGAUGACGAUGAUGGGACUGAUGAUCAGAACGAUAACACCAGUGACCAAGAAGAGAAUGAUGUUGUCAGCCAUCUUCUUGAUGUCUUAACUGAAGAGGAGGAUGAGGAAGAUGAAGACGGCAUUUUGUUGAAGACCGUAGAAAAGAAAUGUCCCUACUGCCAAGACUGUUUUGAUAAUGGAAUUGGACUGGCCAAUCAUAUUCGGGGUCACCUGAACAGAGUUGGGGUCAGUUACAAGGUUAGACACUUCAUAUCCCCAGAAGAGGUUAAUGCCAUUGAGAGGAAGUUCUCCUACCAAAAAAAGAAGAAAAAAGUUGCUAACUUUGACCCAGCGACCUUCAGUGUGAUGCGCUGUGAGUUCUGCAGUGCUGGAUUUGACACCAGGGCUGGUCUUUCCAGUCAUGCUCGUGCACACCUUCGAGAUUUUGGCAUCACCAACUGGGAAGUCACCGCUUCACCUAUAAACGUCCUCCGUGAGCUCUUCUCUAAGAGGCCUGACCUCGCUCUAUCCAUUACCCCUGCUUUUAACCCUGAAACACAAGACAAGAAACCAUGUAAAGAAGAGGAGGAGUCCAUGUUAGUAAAUGAUGAAGAAGGUGGAACUUCAGACCCGGUGCUGCAGAUACCUGCAUCUUUAAGUCAGUCUUGGAGAGAUGGUCAGAAAGAAGGUGAAGCUGAUGGUGGGAAUAACAAGAGGGAGGAAGAUGAAAAACUGCGAUUGCGGGAUGAUUUUAAUUCCAGCCCAGGAUCAAGCAGCUCAGAUGCUGCAGAAGAGACCGAGGCAAAAGGCUACAGUUUGUUGAAGUGUGAGGUGUGCGGUGCCUUGUUUGAGACACGCCGAGGUCUAUCCAGCCACGCUCGCUCUCAUCUGCGCCAGCUAGGUGUGGGUGUGUCUGAAAGCAGUGGUGCACCUAUAGAUCUCCUCUACCGGAUAACCAAGGAGCGGGCUACUGACUCCCAAUUAUCUGCUUUACCCACAUCCCACUCACCAACACCAACACCAUCACCCAAAACCACUGACCAUCAUGCUUUCUGUGUUCCCGUGCCAAGCCCCAGCAGGAGCACAGAGUUUGAAGAUGAACAAGAAGACAUUAAGCCCCUCUCACUUCAGCGUAAUGUAGCGAAGUCUCCCCCUUCCCCAAGUAGCCCAUCACCAUCUGGCUUGCAGCCAUCCUCUCCAUUUGGGAGAUCUCCAUCUCCCUCACAUUCUGCUUCCCCAUCCCCAGUGUUGAGGAAGGCCCCAAUCUCCUCAUUGCUGCCUGUGUCUUCCCCUCUGCGCUCCCAUGAGCACAGGACUAUGUCAAGGGCCCAUAAUUCAACCUUGUCCACUGCCCCAUCUCAACCACUCUGGGCAUCACAAGAAAGAGAAGCUCCUCUCAAUCUCGCAAUGGAUAUGGAUUCCAAUACAGACAUCAUAUGCAAGUUAUGUGGUGCCUGGUUUGAAACACGCAAAGGCCUCUCGAGUCAUGCUCGAGCACACCUGCGUCACUUCGGGGUGGAAUACUCAGAGUCCAAGGGGUCGCCCAUCGACCUGCUGAACACACUCAUACUCACUGAUGACUUCAAGCGCAGAGCUUCCUCCUUCCGCUCUGACAGCCCAGAGGACUUGAGAGUCCAUGGGCACAAUGUGGCUCCUUCCUCAUCCUCCAAAUCCACACCAACUUCUGCUUCCAAGAGGCCCUUCCUCUCUAACUCUGUCCUAUUGAAGAACACAUCAUUAAAAAGUGGUGUUGGCUCCAAAGCUACCUCUACAUCUUCUUCUUCCUCCUCCCACACCUUGCUCAGCCCACCCACCAAGAAGCUGAAACCUUCACAGCAGGUCUUCCGAAUGAGUGGCAGGGAGCUGGUGUCCAUCCCUCUAGCUGAACCAAUGAAAGAUGUGUGUUGUGAGUUUUGCGGUGAGCUUUUUGAGAACCGCAAAGGUCUUUCCAGUCACGCCCGCUCCCACUUGCGUCAGCUGGGCAUCACUGAAUGGUCGGUGAAUGGCUCACCCAUCGACACACUGCGAGAUCUUAUAACCCGCAGAGGCUUGCCAUGUGUCAUGCCUCUGAAACCCUUGAAAUCAUCCCCAUCCUCUCCUAGCCCAGGACCUCCUAGGACCUUACAACGUUAUUCCUCCCCACCAGGAGGUGUCCAUGGCCGUCAGACUUUCUCUUUCAAUCAGCACCAGCCUGCCAAGAUGGCAGUAUCAGCACCUGUCACCAGCACCUCCUCAACAGUGCUAAUGGUUAAGCCCAAACCUGAACCUGAGCAAGUGGAAGUUACUGUGAUUGGAGAGGGACGUGAUGGUUCUAGUUCUGAGUCACUGCAUCCGAGCUGGAUGAGCUCAAAUAAUGCUCAUCCCGUUAAUCUGUUAAUGACUCAAGAAAGGGAACCGUCCCGUGAUAUCCGUUGCGAGUACUGUGGCGAGUUUUUUGAGAACCGCAAAGGCCUCUCCAGCCAUGCCCGCUCACAUUUACGCCACAUGGGUAUCACUGAGUGGUCCGUCAAUGGCUCACCCAUCGACACGCUGUGGGAGAUUAUGCGGAAUCAAGGCACCACACCAGCAUCUGUUGUGUUAGGUGUAAAAGAGGAACCAGAGCAGGAAAGCACUUCACCCUGGGACAAUCAAGGGUAUCAGUCAUCCCGAGUCUCCCCAAAGGCACCCAUUAAUAUUCUCCACCCCAGCUCACGCCUCCAUAAGCCUUCAUUUGGGUCCACAGGGCUGUCAACUAAUGCCCCAGCAGGGAAGUUUCUUGGUAUGAAACCCACUGGGAAGAGGUUGCUGGGAACUGAAAGACACCUUGCUCAAAGGUCUCCUCCAGUCGCCCAGUCAAAAACCUUCUCACCCACACCACAGGACUUCUCUUUUAAAGGAAGAAUGUCUACAGACAAGUAUGGGGUAGGCCGCAUGGACGCCAGCUGUGAGUUGUGCGGUUUUUGCUUUGAGAACCGGAAGGCUUUAGCUAGCCAUGCUCGGGCUCACUUGCGACAGUUUGGUGUGACUGAGUGGUCAGUGAACGGUUCACCGAUUGAGACACUGAGUGCCUGGAUGCGUAGCAGGCCACAAACAGUGGCUGAACUGCACCGUAGCUACUUAUCAGAUGGGCAUGUUACUCAAAAGAAGAAGCAGUCAGGAGCCCAUUGGACAUCUCUAACACUGUCCCAGGGAAGGACUGUUGAUCGGCAGAUCAUGAACAGCUCGUGGAGUUCAUUAUCACGGGCAGUAGAGGUUAAAAAUGGAAACAGCAGCUCUUUUCACCAUGGCAUCUGUACCCAGGAUAGGGGACAUAACUCCAGCAGUGCAAUUCCACAUGCGCAAGUGGCUCGGAGUGAACUUAAUGUCCGGGUGACAAGAGGAAUCGAGCGACGGCCCCUGAAACAUCCAUCACAUGCUGAUGUAGGAGAGAGAGAAAGCUGUCCUCCCAAACCACCUCGCACUAGUACUGUUCCUGCCCUCGUGCCAAAGCCCCCUUCCACCCCUCUGGUCAAACUUGUGGGUAAAAUCUACUCCCUAAAGUGCCGGUUUUGUGAUGUGGAGUUUCAUGGUCCGCUGUCAGUGCAGGAGGACUGGAUCAGGCAUCUCCAGCAGCACAUUUUGAAACUUGACUACGACAAGCCAGCUCCCACCGCAAAUAACACUCCAGCCAAAUCUGACAUGGCUGUUCCUGGAAGGCAAGCCUCAGCUACUACCUCCACGUCUGUCACUACUACAGCAACUACUCCCAGCUCAGCCACGAAUCUUAACUCUACAUCUGUAUCUACACCAUGCAAACCUGUCUCUACUCCUACACCCACUUCAGCCCCGACCUUGACAGCUCCCACACUGACCAGCCCUCGAAUUCCAACCAAGGCUGAACAGGAAGUUGAUACUCCUGCCACAUAAUGCUUUUGUGUUAUGCUUUUCUUUUCAUUUUCUUUCAUUCUCUUUGUACUUCCUUUUGUUAUUAAAAAACAAGGGUUUGGAAGAGCAUUGCUUACUACCUAUUAAUUUUGACCCAGUUAACAACAUAAUAGGAGAGUUGAGCUUGAGAUAGGACAACAAACGAUGAUUCGAUUCUUGUGUUAUUAAGUAUUACCAGGUCAGUGGUGCUUAUGGGUGUAUCUGAAUAUGUAGUGUAACUAACUUGCUGACUGUGUCCUUCUUUUAGCUUAGUUGGAUAUAAGAGCGUAUAGAACAUUUUUUUUUCUUUCUACUGGACAUCUACCUAGUAGUUCUUAAUGAAAGGCACAAACAUAUAAACCAGUUUUUGUGUCCAUCCAAAAUUAUUGUAGCACUUUCUUUUAAUGCCUUUAUUUUCCAAAGCACUUACACACUAAGCCUUUAACCCUCUCUAAAUAAGCUUAUCAUGGCAGCCACCUACACGAUGGUUAACACAGUGUGCCAUAAUAAAAUAUGAGCUGUUAGUGCUGAUAUGCCCCUGCUCAAAUGUUUUUACAAUGCACCUUACAUGAUCUCAUUUGGAAUGAGACCUAAUGUAGGUCACUUUGUUUUCCUCAGAAUUCUACUAGUUUCUCAGUAAAUAUGACUGUUUGCUCUUUUUUAUGUAAAUGGCAAAAAAAAAAUCAUUUUUUUUGUUCAUAAAGGUUUAAUUAAGUUAACAAAUACUGUACAUUCAUUUGUGUUUAAUGUAACCAUGAUUAGGAAAAAAAAAAAGACUAAUGAAUAGCCUACCGUGUCUUUUUAAAUGUUCUGACUACUAUUUCUUGUCUGGGUUUUUAAAGGCUGGAACAUUACUGUUGGUACUGCAGAAAGAUGGCAAGGUACCUGCACAAGCAAAGCUUAAUGGUUAGAAAAUGUCAGUGUGCUUCAAUGUAAAGUAAAGCCUAGUUUGCUAUUUGCACAUUAGCUUACUGCACCCACUCUUGGUCUUUUGCUCCCAUUUUACUUUUAAAUUGGAAACUGCCCUGAAUUCACAAAAUGGAAAGUUGGCCUGAACUUGGGUUAAUUAAUGUAUUUGUUGCUUGCUUUGCCUACGACCCAAAUCCCUGUGCUAAUCUAAUGCACUUUUGAAUGCGCCCUGUUUUGGAUAGAUGACAAGAAUUUGAAUGUUUGGCAUAUGAGCAAUGAGCACUUUUACUCUAGGCUGGAUAGGGAGGUGUAUGUAAUUGUGUGUGUACGUGCAUGGACUUAAAAAGGUCAUGGGUAUGUCUUUGCCAUAUAGCCGUAAAUUUAGUUUUAAAACCAUUUUCAAUAGCACAUUUGUGUCCCUGCCAAGAACUUCACUGCACUGCGUCCAUCAGUCCGUGGCAGAAUGUGCCAAAGAAUCAGUGUGACAUGGGACAGUGUCCUACACUACAGCCGUCAUGCGAAAGUUCCUGACUGAAUUGAGGGAAGAGAUUUCAUCCUCUCGACUGGAGGAAACUAUGGACAGCGGAGACUGAGAAAAUUGAAGCUGUCCUUCUUCAGAUUAUAUUUUACAACUUGGAUAAACUACAUCUGAGAAACACCACAAAUCUUUGGUAUGCUGGAUCUUAAUCUCUGGACAUUUAUGGCUAUUGCUUGAUCAAAGAAGGGACUACUCGGAUACGUCAUGCUUCUGUUAAGGACUGACACAACUAUGUAGCUUCACAUGACUUUAGAUGGUAAUCCAUUUCUACACAGUGAAGCAAUAACAGUAUGGUCACAUGACACAAACUAUGGCGGUAUGUUUCACUACUCAUCGCAUUUCUGUGACUGUUAGACUUGCAGCAUUCCUGUGGAGUAUAUAACUAUAUAUAUUACUAGUAUCAAUCAUGAAUUAUGAUCUUCAUCAAUUUAUCAUGAGUUUAUUUCAACAAUAAUUUUGUGUUUUUUAUUGUCAUUUGUCUUUCUGUACUUGCAGUCCAGGAUAAGUGACAUAGAAGAAGUGUUAUUUUUUAUUAUUGGUGCUCAUGAUUUUAAUUGGAUAUGAAUGGAUUUGUAAUGUUCAGUGCUUCGAUCAUGAAACUAUCCUUAUGUCAACUGACUUGUCUUGAUGGGGACUGUAAUGCAGACCUCGAGAUGAGCUGCUGUUGGGAAGUGCCAAGCAGUUAUCCCCUGUAAGACUUUCCUUAGCUAAACUUGUUACAAGAAAAGCGUAUGUUUGUGUGUGUGUGUGUGUGUGUGUGAGAGAGAGAGAGAGAGGGAGAGAGAGAGAGAUUAGUGUAAGUGUGAGAAAGGUGAGAAUGCUAAGCUGCCAUGGAAAAAAUCAUACUGUGCACAAGCAUUAGAAAGAUUCAUGUGAAUCAACAAAUCAUUAAAUGUGAUCUGAAACAUACAGUAGUAGAGUCGCGUUAUUUCUGCUUUGAAAAUGAACAAACAUACACUCAAUAAAAUUGAAUAAAAAAUG